AUGCGGCUGCCCGGCUGCGUGUCGGGUGCCUCGGCAGAUGCCGAGGGCCGCGAGGCCAAGAAGGUCAACAAGCAGAUCGAGGAGCAGCUCGCCAAGGAUAAACAGGUGAUGCGCGCCACGCAUCGGUUGCUGCUGCUCGGCGCCGGUGAGAGUGGGAAGAGCACGAUCGUCAAACAGAUGCGCAUCCUCCACAUUAACGGUUUUACCGAGGCCGAGAAGCAGGAGAAGAUGAAGGAUAUUCGGCGGAAUGUCAAAGACUCCAUACAGGUGAUCCUCCAUGCGAUGGAUGAGAUCGACCCGAAAGUGAGCAUCGACGAUCCGGCGAAUACGCCGAGUCGCGACUACCUACUCACGACAGCAGCCGACCCCGAAUUUGAUUACCCUCAAGAAUUCUACGACCACGUGAUAAAGUGUUGGAAUGACCGGGGGGUAAGGGCCACGUUCGAGCGAAGUUCCGAGUACCAGCUCAUCGACUGCGCCAAAUAUUUUUUGGACCGGGUGGAAUCGGUGCGGAAACCGGAGUACAGCCCUUCCGAGCAGGACAUCCUGCGGUGUCGUGUGAUGACGACGGGUAUUUUUGAGACAAAGUUCGAGGUGGACAAAGUCCGAUUUCACAUGUUCGACGUGGGCGGUCAGCGGGACGAGCGGAGAAAGUGGAUCCAGUGCUUCAACGACGUCACGGCCAUCAUCUUCGUCUGCUGCUCGGCGUCUUAUAAUAUGAUGCUCUGGGAGGAUUCGACGCAAAACCGGUUGCGGGAGUCGUUGGCGCUGUUCAAGAAUAUUUGGAAUAACCGGUGGCUGAAGACGAUUUCCGUGAUUUUGUUCUUGAAUAAACAGGAUCUACUAGCAGAAAAGAUCAAGGCGGGAAGGUACAAAUUGGAAGACUAUUUUCCGGAAUUUGCCAACUACCAACUGCCCUCCGAUGCUGUUUACGAUCCAGCGGAUGAUACGAAGGUCGUCAAGGCCAAGUACUUCAUCCGAGGCGAAUUUCUGCGAAUCUCCACAGCCGCCGGCGACGGUCGACACCACUGCUACCCCCAUUUCACAUGUGCCGUCGACACGGAGAAUAUCCGGCGGGUGUUCAACGACUGUCGCGACAUCAUCCAGCGGAUCCAUCUGCGCCAGUACGAGCUGUUG